UUCUAGACGCAACGUGUGUUCUGUGAUGUUGAUAUCGUUGAUUCGUCGUAUUCGCUCUAUUCAGGUUUUAUUUUAUUUUGUGGCUGAACAGACUGUUGGAAAGUGAGUUAACAAGAAAAAAGGAAAUACAAAAAGUUACAAUAUGAAAAUGGAUUGAAGAUAAUUUAAAUUUAUCGAUUGAAAUUAGAAAACGUUUGUUGGACGUUCCAUUCAUCGCGUUUUUCGUCUGUACUUUUGAGUGUCAUAGGCUUUCUGUGUUGUGAAUCACCUCGUUGACUUGAGUACUUCUUAUCGUCAGGUCCCGUGAUUUUCCCUGAAGGAACUUUUCUCGGGCUUGGAAAUGGGCAAGAAGCACAAGAAGGAAUCGAGGAAAAGGAGGCACAGGAGCCGCUCCAGGUCUCUCGAGAAGGACUACGAUAAGGAUAAGGACAAGGAUAAGAGGAGACACCACAAAAGGCACCACAAAGACAAAAAAAGGGAGAAGAGUUGUAAAAGGGAUUCUUCAUCCAAUUCUGAAGAUGAUGUUAUCUUUGUACCUUUGAAGGUCUCAAAACCGGACACUAAGUCAUCAUCACCUGAGAACGUGAAGGCAAAGGACGUACCGUCUUCCCACCAGCCGACUGCUCCUGUCGUAUCUAACAGUUCAUCUGGUGACAAUGUACUUUCGGUUGCUGAGACCAAUGCCCUCAGGGCGAAGCUUGGUCUCAAACCACUCUCUACGCCCGAUUCAUCUUCCACAGGCAAAUCGACUGACAAAAGUGAAGAAUUUGUACAUAAACCGGCUGAAAAUAUUAUGGACAAAAAAAUGACAGAGAAAUUGAGGAGUAAAAUCGCCGAGAGGAAAGCCAAAAGAGAAAUAGAGAAAAAAUUAUUGGCCAUGAAAUCAUUAGGAGACGAUGGUAGCGAAGACGAAUCAGCAACUGCUUGGGUUAACAAAAAUAAAAUUCUUUUAGAAGCAAGAAUGAAAGCUGAAUUAAAGGCGAAAGAGUUGGACGAAAUGGAUCAAGAAUUUGGAAUCGGUGAAUUAGUAGAGGAAGAAAUUAAGAAGGAAAAAUCUGCAGCUUACACAGCAGCUCAUCUUAAAGGGCUCAAAGUCGAACAUGAUAUCGAGACAUUCCAAGAGGGCAAAGCUAUAAUCUUGACUCUAAAAGAUCAAGACAUACUAGACGAAAAUACAGAUGCACUUGUCAAUGUAAAUAUGUUGGAUGACGAACGUUAUAAAAAGAAUCUUUUCAACAAAAAACAAAAGCCGUUUGGUUACAAUGGUGUCGAUACGGGUGAACUGGAUAUGGAUGAGCCUAAAGGAGUUCUUACUAAGUACGAUGAAGAAAUUGAGGGUGCUAAACCAAUUAAGCCCGCAUUCACAAUUGGUGAAGAAAAUUUGGAAGCCAAGAAAUUAAUGGUGAAGAGGCAGCUUAAAGAAAAAGCGAACAUGAGAUUAGAAUCCCUCGUCCUUCCUGAGCCCAAGAUAGCCAACGAGUAUUUCUCUAGGGAUGAAAUGAUUAAAAUAAAAAAACCUAAAAAGAAGAAAAAGAUACGAAAGUUAACCGCUGACGAUUUGCUAAGAGAGAAACCUAUUCCAACGACGCAAGAAGAUCUUGGAAAAAGAAAAGUCGAGGAAAAGGAAGAUGUUUACACUGGCCCCCAGGAAUUCAUGGAGGUAGAUGAACCAAUCAUCAAAAUCAAGGAAGAAGAAGAAGAUCCCUACUUAAAACGGGCUGUCAAGAAGGCAAUGAAGCUCAAGUCUCUUCCCGUGGAAAAAUUAAACACAAAAUUACCAAAAAUAGAAGAAGUAAUCAUGGAAGUGAAAGAAGAGCCAGUUGAUACACUGGGAUCGACAAUUAUUUUAAAUUCGACUGCUGAGUUUUGUAGAACUCUUGGAGAUAUUCCAACUUACGGUAUGGCUGGUAAUAGGGAUGAAGAACCAGAUAUCCUACUUGAUUUUGAACGAGAGAAGGAAAAGAAAGUAAAACAAAAAAAGAAACCGGAUGUUGUCGAAGACAAAGGAGGCUGGAACGAUGUUGAAAUGAAUGAGAAAGUUGUGGAAGUCAAGCCUGUUGAAGCGCCCAUACUUGACGCUGAACCAGAUUUGGGAGCGGGUGUUGCUGGAGCGCUCAGAUUAGCCGUUUCAAAGGGUUACCUUGAAAAAGACAUGGCCAACCGGCCCUCGGCAUCACGAUUUUCACAUCUAGCAGCUCAGAAUUAUUCAAUUGACGAUAAAGCACAUUCAGUCGAGGACGAGAAACUAGGAAGGAGGGAGAGGUAUCUGGGUCCGACUUUAGAUUUCAAGGAGAAAGACGGUUACAAGCCGAAUAUUAAACUUGAAUAUAUCGAUGAUGAAGGACAUCUAUUAUCAGCUAAAGAAGCUUUUAGAUAUCUUUCUCACAAGUUCCACGGAAAGGGGCCUGGUAAGAAUAAAGUCGAAAAGAGGAUGAAGAAAAAUGAGCAAGAAGGGCUUAUGAAACAGAUGAGUUCUACUGACACACCGUUAGGAACACUACAGAUGCUCCAGCAUAAGCAGAAAGAAACGCAAUCGGCUUUCGUCGUCUUAAGUGGAAACAAACACCAGCUCAAUAUGCCGACGACGAUUGCCAAGACGAAAAUGAUGAAGUGAAUCAAGCAUUACAUCAAAGUAACGAAUUUUUAAAUAGAACUCAUUUUUUGAAAGUAAACAAUCUUAUUGGUCAGGACCCUUGCAAUCGAUUUAAAUAUUAAUUCACUUUUAAUCAGAAAUCUGUCAAACUAAGAACAUCCAAUUCUUACUAUAAAUAAACAACUUUUUUUGUAAUAA